AUGUGUCUCAAGAAGUUACUUAGCCCAGUAAACUUCAACUGGAGGUGUCCGAAAUGCGUCUACGUCAACGCCGACAACGAUUUUUCGUGCAAAAAAUGCUACUUUAAUAUGGCGGGAACGUGA